AUGAUGCUGGAAACUGCACAGCCGGCGCCGAUUGCGUACUCCAAAUCACUCCAGAAGCAAAUCAAAGGGGCUGUCACCAAGAAGAAGUAUCAGGACAAAGUCGAGCAAGUGAACGCUCUUCUUCAACCUCUCCAGGCCCCAUGGGCGUACAAAAAUGAUGAAAUUCAAAGAAAGGGGAAGGAGUGCCUCCUCAUCUAUUGGGAUUUUUUAUUGAGAGAAGCAUCGAAUGCAACGCUUGGAGAUCGUCAUACCUUCUUCACGGAAAUGGUGCUCAUUAUCAGGCGCAGAGAGUUUGACAUCUUCAGCCUUGAGUGGAAAGACGGUCGGCUCCUGUCGAGCGGAGCCGACCGAAAGCUGGCGGUGCGGUAUCACGACCUACUGGUGGAAACCAUGCUCUUCUGCAUCAACAAGCUGGCCAAGACGGGCGCCUACACCGCUCUCAUGGAGUUCUCCUCCAAGGUUUUGGCCGUGUGCUAUUUUUGUUUCCCGUCCCUCACCAAGGCCACGCUCGACGGUGUGUGGCCCGACUCAAAGGAGAAGUCCGCCCGGAAGGAGGACAUCGAGCUGGGGGAGGACAUCGCGAAGCUUCUACAGGACUCAUGCGACGAUGGGAAUUCUUCGGGGAGUCUGUACGCCAGCCUCGAACAAAGCAAUAGCAAGAAGGCAUUCAAGCAAAUGCGCAAGUAUUACCUGGCGAUAGACGACCACGGCAACGCCUCCAAGCUUACCCAUCACACCUCGUGGCUCAAGAGGUUCAACAACGAGAGCAUUCACUACGUGGGGCUCCUGGUGGACAUCGUCGACCAGGCCGCCUAUCUUACCGCCGGCGAGAGUGUACAGUGGGAAAUGGUGCCAGGUUAUGCGCAACUGGUGCACGCGUUUUUGUUCCAGUUGAAGCACAAGAUGGGCAUCAACGAAUGGAAAACGAGGGCGGCGACUCAGUGCGUUUCCUCGCUGAUGCAGAACCCUCGCCUCUUCAACAUCUUCAUCAAAGUCCUCUACUCCAAAACCAACAUCAACGACGCCUCCUUGACCGAAACAUCGUUGGAAAUUUUGUCCGAGUGGUUUCUUCGCGUGCGGGAAACCUACACUUACCUUCCCCGCGAUUUCGACUACGACUACUUCUUCCAGGGGCUGGUCAUUAUGCUCGAUUGCGAGCAUCACGUGACGCUGAUCAAGGCGUUGACGUUCAUCUACAACACCCUGCACAUGUACCUGGAGAAGCCGCGGCGACGCUUCGUGCAGGAGAUCAUCUUCAAACGAUUUUUCUUCAAGUUCUUCCUUCAUUGGCACCCACAAGUGCGUGGCAUCUACCACCAGCUCAUCAUUUUCAAGGCAGCGCGCGUGCGAGAAGAGUUCAAGCGCAUGCGUCGAAAAGACAUCAGGAUACCGACCGAAAGGAAAACGGACCGGCUGGCGCGGGGGUUGAGGGAGGCGUACGUGGAGGCGGUGAGGCAGCGGAUCGGGUGGAACGACCAGAAGCGGGAGGAGAUCAUCCGAUCCCAGCCUCCGUCGCCCUCGCACAUCAUCAAGACCCUCAAGAAGGAGGCCAAGGCCAAGGAGGCGGAGGCAGAGGAUGCGGCGGCGCAGGCCAACAACGGCAAAGACAACAACGGAAAGGACAACGCCGGCGGAAAGAAGAUCGGAAAGAAGGAGAAGAAGGAAAAGGAAAAGAAGGAGAAGGAGAAGGAGAAAUUGGAGGAGGAGCGAAAGCGGAGGGACAGCAGGGAGGACGCGUCGAUGGCGAAGAACAAGCGGAAGUCGUCGGACGGCGGCCUCAACGGGAAGGCCAACGGGAAGAAGGAGAAGGACAAGAUCCGGAGCUCCUUGGGCAAGGGCGAGCUGAACGGGGCCGACAGCAACGGCAGGCAGGGCGGCAAGCGAUGGAGGAAGAAGGAGAGGAAGGAGAAGGGCAAGGAGAAGAAGGACCAGGAGAACGGGUCGCGGGGCAACGAAAGCGACGACGGCGAGGAGGAGCGGAGCAGCGACUACAGCGAGGAGGUCAAGAAGGUCACCCUCAAGAUCGGCGAAGAAGAGUUCCCACCCUGCCUCGAGGUGUACGCGGGUGCGUCGCUGCUCAAGUACGAGGAGACGGCGGAGCACUGGGUCAAGUGGGCCGACGCGGUGGAGAUGUUCCCCGACGGGUCGGUGCACUACCCGGACAUGAACUCCCUGGUCCUCUCCACCCCCAAGGCCGAUCGCGAGUUGUGA